AUGCUUCCAUCAUCCUGGUGCAGGGAGAAGCUCCGGGACUGUGGCGGGCUGCGGGAGGUGGAGGUGACCGCGUGCCUGGUGUGGAAGGACUGGCCCCACCGCGUCCACCCCCACAGCCUUGUGGGGAAAGACUGCACCGACGGCGUCUGCAGGGUGCGGCUCCGGCCUCAUGUCAGCCCCCGGCACAGUUUUAACAACCUCGGUAUCCAGUGCGUGCGGAAGAAAGAGAUUGAGGCUGCCAUUGAGCGCAAGAUUCAACUGGGCAUUGACCCCUACAGUGCCGGGUCCCUAAAGAACCACCAGGAAGUGGACAUGAAUGUCGUGAGGAUCUGCUUUCAGGCCUCGUAUCAGGACCAGCAGGGACAGAUGCGCCGGAUGGACCCUGUGCUCUCCGAGCCCGUCUAUGACAAGAAGUCCACAAACACGUCAGAGCUGCGGAUCUGCCGGAUCAACAAGGAGAGCGGGCCGUGCACGGGGGGCGAGGAGCUCUACCUGCUGUGCGACAAGGUGCAGAAAGAGGACAUAUCAGUGGUGUUCAGCACGGCCUCCUGGGAAGGUCGGGCCGACUUCUCCCAGGCCGACGUGCACCGCCAGAUUGCCAUCGUGUUCAAGACGCCACCCUACGAGGACCUGGAGAUUGUUGAGCCCGUGACAGUUAACGUCUUCCUGCAGAGGCUCACUGACGGGGUCUGCAGCGAGCCACUGCCCUUCACGUACCUGCCUCGGGACCAUGACAGCUAUGGUGUGGACAAGAAGCGGAAACGGGGGCUGCCCGAUGUCCUUGGGGAGCUGAACAGCUCUGAUCCUCACGGCAUUGAGAGCAAACGGCGGAAGAAAAAGCCGGUCUUCCUGGACCACUUCCUGCCCAACCACAGCUCAGGCCCGUUUCUCCCGCCAUCGGCCCUGCUGCCGGACCCAGAUUUCUUCCCUGGCACCGUGACCCUGCCCGGCCUGGAGCCCCCCGGCGGGCCGGACCUCAUGGACGACGGCUUUGCCUACGACCCCACGGCCCCCACGCUCUUCACCAUGCUGGACCUGCUGCCCCUGGCACCGCCACUCGCCAGCGCUGUCACGGGCAGCGGGGGUCCCGGGGCCGCGGUCGGGGAGUCCCCUGGCCCUGAGCCGCUGACUCUGGACUCUUACCAGGCCCCGGGCCCUGGGGACGGAGGCACCGCCAGCCUCGUGGGCAGCAACAUGUUCCCCAACCAGUACCGCGAGGCCGCCUUUGGGGGCGGCCUCCUGUCCCCGGGGCCUGAAGCCACGUAGCCCCCGCGGUGCCGGAGGGGGCACUGGGUGGGGAGGGGGGUGGAGGGGCCGUGCGAUCCCAACCAGGAUGUCCAGCACUCCCAAUCCCCUUGGGCCGCCUUUGGGGUAGUCUUCCGACCUUCUCAUGCUUCCGAAUCGGACAUCUUCAGCGCUGGGGAGGAGCUCCGUAGCACGAGUUCCCCUCUUGAGCCCAUUUUACAAAUGCGAAAACUGAGUCUGGAGAGGACUAGAGGCUUGGCUCCCGAGCACUGGCCUGUUAAAGCUGCCUCGGCUCCCACGUGUGGGGACACCUCCAGGCGGAUUCUGAAAAGAUUGUACAGGAGGGAGGAGGGGGCAGAUCCUCAGCCCUCCCUCCCCAAACUUGAGGGUGGGGGGGUAGGUUGUUUGUCAGUCUUCCCAAUAAAGAUGAAUUUUUGAUCCUUGG